GAAUUUUUAUUUUGUGACAUAAGGUGAUGAAAAUUCAAUGUUGUGGGGUUUUUUUUUUUGUAAAGAGAUGAUCCAAUUUUGAAAGCCAGCUAGUUACUGGAAAAGUCAGACUGACCUUUAAACUGUUUGUUUUCUUUCCUUUUUCCCCUUUCUUUCUUUUUGCUAACCAUUUUUAGCUUAUGUUUCUACAUUUGGGAUGAAACUGUUAUGAAAUGUAUUUUUCCUUGCAUCACUUUUCUAAUCUGCAAUAUCUUAUUUUUUUCCUAACAGCAGCAGCAAUAAGAUUUUAAUAGUUUUAGGUUUUUAAAAAUAUUCUUGAAAGUUUCAGCUUGAAAUUGAGCACUGUCAUAUGCAUAUGGGAAGGGAUGUUUCCAUGCUGUGAACAUAACAAAAAGCUUAUAUAAAUAAAUGUAUCAGAAAUAUAUUGUAUUAAGCCUAAGGUGGGGUUUUUCCUCAAAAAAGUGAAAAAACCAAAACACACACGUUGCCUAAUAUUUAUGCCUAUUAAAAGCACAACUCCUUUCCACUUUGAAAUAAAUUUCUAACUAGCCAGUGAAAAUCUUUUGUCAGACUUUCUACAGACCACAAUGUUUUAGCCACAAAAACAAAGGUAACUCUGUUAAAAUUAUUGUUAUGGUGUAUGAAUGUUGCAGGCAUUUUAGCAAAAUGGCAUGAAAUUUCAUUGUUUGCCAAGGGAAAACUUCAGCUAGAAUUUUUACUUGCAAUGUUUCACAUUAACAAAGUAUUUGAUCAUUCAUUUCAUCACAGUUCUUGUUGCAAACAUUGGAAAAGACAAAAAGGACCCUGUUUUAGGGAUGCUUAUACAAUGUAAUACAUGUCAGAUUUAUGACUUGUGCUUGUGCCACAGAAGCUGGGAAAGCAGUAAAGACUUUUACAGCAGUUUUAAAUGAUUUCUACUUCUUACCAGUUGUUGGGAUAGAUUUGAGACUGACAUUUAUCAGUGUAACCCGAUGUCAAUAUUUAUUUACAACUAUAAUAAAGUUGGUAAAAACCAGUGUUGUAUUGAACUCUGCCAUUCCAUUCUUAAUAAAGGCCAGGCCAAGUAAAUAAUCCAUAAUGAAUAAUUUGUUCAGAAAAGAAUGCUUUUCUGUGCCAGCUGUCCACAAAAAAUCAGGACUUAUUCCUUAUUCAAAGUUACUUACUCCUGAUGGAAUAAUAUCUGCUUAAUAGUUGUGGGUCUAUUGCUUGCUUACCAGACAUUUGUUGCAACUAAUUGAAAUUUGAGCUGUUCUGAUGGGAUAGAUAAAUGCUAAACUUCUCUUCCUUGGUUGGCUAAGAAUAAUGCUUAGAACCAGGUUUUCAGUGUGAACUCUUGUAAUUAUGAAUUCAAAGUUUGCUUUCUGUGAAUGUUGUGCAGUGUAAUAUGUACUGAAUGGUGACCCACCUGGCCCACUAACAGCCUGGACUGUGUUACACAAUGCAUUAUAAAAACCCAGUAAAACUUGAUUCCUGGCCCUUGUACCAAUAUUUACUUAAAAGUCAGUUGUUGCAAACACUUCCCAGUGAAAACAGUUGCUAUAAAAUGAUCAACAGAAAGGCCUCCCAAAAGACAUGCAUAUUUAGAUAUUCACAGAUUUAUUUUUUUUAACUCAACCCUAUGAAUACACACAUCAACUAUUUUAGGCAUGUUUCUUUUGAAUGUAAAUAAAAUUCUGCUCCAAAAGCAUCCUUUUUCCAUCAGUAUGCUGGCUUUCUAGGUAAUAUGGAUGCUGUUACAACCAUGCUUUCUAGGGUGCCUACAGACCUUUAGGGCCCUGCUCUAAUACCUGGCACUUUACAGAAAGCACCAUGAGUUAGAAUGCUCCUGCCCCAAAAGAGGUUUAUCUGUUGGGAUGGGGGUGGGGAGGGGAGGCCCUCUAGAGCCUGCCUGCACCUGCCCUGCCAGCAGGUGUGGGCACUCCAGCAGCCUCCAGGGAGGCUGCCAAGCUGUCCUUCUCCCCAGCCCUGCCCCACCCACCCCCAGUUCUGGGGCUGUCAGUGGGGGAGGGAAAGGGAGCAGCGUGGAGCUGCCAGCUGCUUUCCCUGGCCAGAGCUGGAGGGGAGGUGGCAGGUGGAAUGGACCCUCCUUGCCUCAGGCUCCCCACCCCCAGCUACCCCAGCUGAGGUAUUGAAGGGAGUUGGACCAGGCCUGUGUGGGGGGGGUGUCUCCCUUCCCACAAUACCUACCUGGGCCUCUUGACAGUGGCAGCAUGGAACUGCCAGCUACUUUGCAUAUAGUAAAGUAUAUGCAAAGUAUACUCCCCAACCCCCAAGGCAAAGGGGGCUUUAUUCCACCCUGCUGUCCCUGCUCCAGCUCCGGCCAGGCAGAGCAGCCGGCAGCUCUGUGCUCCUUCUUUCCCCAUUGAUAACUCUGCAAAGCAGGAAAAAUUUAACCCUGGAGGGAACACAUGUUCACUUCUAUGCAUGAAGAGGGGAACAUAAACUAAUGUGUAUUGCUAUGUAAAAAGCAAAUAAAAUCUGUUGUAAAAUGCCAUAUGUUUCUGGGCUUCUGUAUUUUAAAGACUGGCUUAAAUGUUUUUCUUAGUAGUAUCUGCAGACUGUACCAUACAUUACAUGGCUCCUGUAGGUACCAGUCAAGGAACUGGCUCACAGGGAGUGAGUGGCAGGGCAGUCCUGCUAAAGAUCCCCAUCUGCCAGUCUUCAGAGCGUCCCUCUGGGGCUUGUGGAUAGUUGAGCCUGCAGUAUACAUUUGUACUUCAGCUUUUUUGCUGGCUGCCAGUUAGUGUUAGUAAAAUCUAGGACAUGGAUUAAUGUCUGCUAAGAAGGAACCACCAAGGAAACCCACAGGAAGAGGUAUUGGAUGGCUUUUGGACUCAGUUGUCCAGGAUUGAUUUUGGACCUGUAUUCUAGAAGCUGUGUAACCUCUCUGGACCAUCCAGUCACUGGAAUAGCUCUCUCUUACUUGCCUUCAAAUAGAAAAAGAUAAGGUACAUUAAACAAAUAGUACUGGUGUAAUGUGUGACAUGCGUGCAAAAAUUGACGCUUUGUGUGAAAGCCACCCAACCUGUUCAGCUGGUUUUUGGUAAAUGAGCUAGCCAGUGAGCAUGCCCAGAACUUUAUCUGCUGUGCAUUACUGAGACCUGUUUACAUGGCAUAACUCUGCCAUUGGUGUGCCUUUCAUCUGGGAGGUAGUGAGUGCACCUUGUAUGUAUUUAACAGGCAUAACUUAACCCAGGGACCAUACUGCUUUCACUGAGAAAAGCUGCACCCUGGACAUUCUGCAUGUGGGGAGUAUCUUUGCUGCAGAGAAAAUGGGACAGAAGGUAUCACUGGAUAACAACCAGAACAAGGCUGACAUUCUAGUUUUAUGUGACUUAUUCAGCCAAGUUCUUGUCCAUGCAUCUCAAAAGCUGAAAGAUUAUCUUGUUGAAGAUCCUCAGAGCAAACUCCACCCAGCUACAAAUACAUUCGAUGAGAUCUUUUUGAUAAACCUCAUCAGCUUCUGUGUUGAAAAAGGAGUCAUCACAACCAGCAAAAUGACCAAGCAGCAGUUCUGGCUCUUUGGGGUUGACUGGAUCUGGACACUAAGAGCUGACAAGCAAAUCAAGCUUCAGAUUGCUGUUCAGUCUUUGCAGGUGGUAGAACUCCUUCACAAUAAAGACACCAUGUUAGCAGACAAGCUCUUUUCAAACCUGCUUUUGUUUUUAAAGCUGGAAAAAUUCUGCUUGCUGGUGGGACAAGACUGUCUGGGCCUCUUUAUAGCAUUUGGUAUGCCUGGGAAGCCAAAAGAUGUUAGAGGAGUCAUGCUAGACAGCGUCAACAGGGAGAAGCAGAACCAGCACCUCUCAGGCACAAAAGCUUUGAGACAGUGUUUGAGCACAGAGAGAUUCCUUGCUACAAAAGAAAUGCUAGAAAACUGCCUCGGUAAUAGAAAUGGGCUGAGGCAGGUAGACAAGGUUUACGUUAACUUUUCAAAUUGUAAAUAGCUAAUAGUAGAAAAGUUGGGACCCAGUUCUCAAAAAAAAAUAUCCAGGACUACAUGCACAGUUCAGUGCAGCUGUUUAGACUGAGCACUUGAUUUUAUAGGAACCGAGUCUCUCCUAUUUUUUAAAUCUAAAAAGUUUAAUAAAGAGGGACUGAAUUUUAAGAACAUUUUGUUCUCUGGGUAGUAAUCCUUUUCUAAAAUAUUCAACUGGACAAAAAGCUUAUCACCCAAACCUUUGAGAAGAUUUGUAAAAGAGUUUGUCUUUGUUUAGAGUGGGCAUAAAGACUGUAGAUGGUUCUUAACUUGAACACUUGACCUUAUAAAGAUGUGCUCUCAUUCCAACUAAUAAUACAAGGCACCAAUAGCAGGAUUUUAUAAUUCUGGACUGUAAAUUCCAGAUUCUUGAGUAAUUGUAGGGAUCUGUCCUAGCAAGGAACAAGACCAGACUGUAGCUAAGAUCUUUCUCAUUUAUAACUCUUGAAGUUAUUUUUUUUUUUAUACGUGUUAAGGUUUAAGAGGAAGAAAGAAGCCCCAGCUGAUACUGGAUUCCCAUUUUACAGUGUAUAGCAAAAGUGCUUGUCCCUACCCAAAACCUAGGUGAGUUUUCCUUUGACUUCACCGGAGCCAAAAUUGCACCUUAGGUCUUGUGGUUGAACUUAAAUCCCUUAUGCUAUAUGCUUUCUCUCUCUUUAAGAACAAGGGCUGCUUCCUGAUGUUAAAAAAAAGCAGCAGCAAAACACAGCACUUUACUGUAAGCUCAAUGCGUUGUCAGAACAAUUCAGAAUGUUAAAAAAUGUAUAAUGAAAAAACUUAAGAGUAUUGUAUGUUUUACUCAAUAAAAGGAUUCUAUGGAAUGUUACAUGUCAUAAGUAGAUACAGUUCUCUUAGGUUAGCUAGGCCAAUAUACUGUUACAUUAUGGAGAAGUGUGCGGUUUUAUAGAAGACUUUAACAUGUUUCAGUGUAGAAGUCAUUAGUAAAUGUAGCAAAAAAGCACUUACUUUAAUUUUUAGGCUUAACUCUUCCUAGUGGAAUAUAUGGCUGAAUUGCACCUUUAAAAAUAAGAUCCACUGAAGCCAAAUGUAUAGAGUGCAUUUGAAAUAUCCCAUUCCUUCUAGGGACACUAGAUGGCUGAAGGCCAAUCUCCCAUUUCACAACCUUGAACAUUCUGGAGUUGGGAAUAAAAUGCAGAACUUGAAGACAGAUUCCUUUCAGGUGAGGUAAAAGCAGAGUAGAGAGAGAUGCAGUCAGUCUUCUGUUAUCCAAAUAUUCUGGAAAGCACCUUAAGUGCUUAAGUGCUUUCCAGAAUAAAAACUGUGGUAAUUUCAGAGGGCAAGAAAAGGAUUAGAGUCAGAUAAAUGGAAUCUUUUCUUUUCUUUUUUGCUUCUCACCAGGUAGCAGAUUUUGCAAAGUCACCUGGUGUUAGAAAGUAACAUACACAAGAUCUGUUGAAUAACUCAACUGUAAAAUAUUUUAUUUCUUGCACAAACAUUUUGAAAAAAGCCCAGUAGCUAAAUAUGCAGGAUAAGGAAUACAAAACAGUUUACAAUUGACCAGCUGAAGUUACUCAUCAAAAUUAAGUGUUAAUACAGUUAUGACAAGGUCUUUGGGUAUGUUUUCCCCCACAUGGAUAUGAAUGAAUGAGCACUGUUUAAAUUUUCACUGGUUACUUGUUACAAAGACAGAUUUAAACUUGUAGAGGAAACUAUUGGUAUAUAAUAUACAGUUGUUUGAAAGAACAAAUUUCAGACUACAAGAAGCACAUAAGUCAAGAGGUCCCAGACAGAGGCCUGGCUAAUAAAAUUAAGUUAAUAGAAUUAUUUGUCACAGGUUUAGCUUUUCCUCACUGAAGUCAAACCAGAAAUUAGCCUUAAGUAGAGAAAGCCAAGCUUGUACGUAGGCACAGAGGACAUGGCAAAUUAUCUCAGAUAGUGACUUGCAUCUCUGUACAAUAAAAAUUAGAGAUCACUCGACAACAGAAGCAGCUUUUAACUAGUACUUUGCAGGCUAGUAAAUGCUUCCAGCCUUCAUCAUUUUAUUUAUCAGAACAAGAUCUUAUUACUUAAGUUUGGCCUGCGGAUCACUUUCAGACGUGGGAGUAUCUCUACCUCUUGAAGGUAGAAAAUUUUGGUUAUGAGAUGCAUUAAUAUUAGGUACAAGCUGCUUAACUCUCAGCUACAUCAAACUACUGUCCUUAAGAAGCACUUUUGGAUUCAGAGACAUUUUAAAAUUGCUGUCAGUUUGACUUAAGGUUGAGCUGACAACAGCUUUUCCAGGCAGACUUCUACUUGAGUUUUGCUUGAGCAAAGCAUGUAGGGUGGAGGCCCUGAUUUUUUUUUUACCGUAUAGGUAGGAGUAAUUGUAUACAAGGACAACAGACUAUGUGGUUAAACACAGCACAGUGAAGAACUGCCUUCUGUGCAGUCAUUGCUGAGCACAGCAGCGGAGAAAGGUCAGAAGGGAAGUCCUAGAGAAAAGGGACUAACCUGUCAGAUCUAUAUAGAUAGAUUUCCUGCAGAGGGAACACGCACAACUGUUCUUUUUCCAUAACAGCACCAUCAGCUCUUCUGAGUAAAAAAACAAACAAAC